UGCGGUCGCACCGAGCCACCACCGCCACCGCCACAGCGCACCAUGGGCCCGGGUCCCCGGCUGCUGCUGCCUUUCAUUCUGUGCUUGGCGUUCAGCGCGCUCGUGCCCUUUUCGGGGGCCUCGAACGCCCGCAAGCGAGGCCCUUCAGUGACAGUCAAGGUCUUCUUUGAUGUAAUGAUUGGAGACAAGGAUGUUGGCAGAAUUGUGAUUGGCCUCUUUGGAAAAGUGGUGCCCAAGACUGUGGACAAUUUUGUUGCUCUGGCAACAGGAGAGAAUGGAUAUGGAUAUAAAGGAAGCAAAUUUCAUCGUGUCAUCAAAGAUUUCAUGAUUCAAGGAGGAGACUUCACCGCUGGAGAUGGCACUGGCGGUAUUAGCAUUUAUGGUGAGACCUUUCCAGAUGAGAACUUCAAGUUGAAGCAUUAUGGCAUUGGAUGGGUCAGCAUGGCCAAUGCUGGGCCUGACACAAAUGGCUCUCAGUUCUUUAUCACCUUGACCAAGACCUCCUGGUUGGAUGGAAAGCAUGUGGUAUUUGGAAAAGUCCUUGAUGGGAUGACAGUCGUGCACUCCAUAGAACUUCAAGCAACUGAUGGUCAUGACCGUCCACUCACUGACUGCCGGAUCGUCAACAGCGGCAAGAUUGACGUGAAGACUCCCUUUGUGGUAGAAGUUGAUGGCUGGUGA